GGUCUCCACCCCGCGGUUUACCCAUAAAAGAAGAUCUCGACUGUUUACCUAAAUCGGAUCACUUGAUCUGCACCUCAAAUCUCUCAAUCUUCAGCUAAAAUGGCUACGACAAUUAGCACUCAGCGCGGACAGGUGUAUAUUGGGGAGUUGCCCCAGGACUUCCUGAGGAUCACCCCCACCCAGCAGCAGCAGCAGGUACAGAUGGACGCUCAGGCUGCCCGGCAGCUUCAGUACGGCGGCUCCAUCGGGACAGUGGGCAGACUCACCAUCACUGUGGUCCAGGCAAUGCUUGCUAAGAACUAUGGGAUGACCCGCAUGGACCCCUACUGCAGGAUCCGCCUCGGGUACGCUGUGUACGAAACCCCCACUGCUCACAAUGGAGCAAAAAAUCCUCGCUGGAACAAAGUUAUUCAGUGUACUGUCCCUCCAGGAGUCGACUCCUUCUACCUAGAGAUUUUUGAUGAGAGGGCGUUCUCCAUGGAUGACCGCAUAGCAUGGACACACGUGACCAUCCCUGAAAGCUUGCGAGAGGGCACCGUGGUGGACGAGUGGUACAGCCUGAGCGGCAGACAGGGCGAUGAUAAAGAGGGCAUGAUUAAUCUCAUCAUGUCCUUUGCUUCUAUGCCAGCAGGGAUGAUGAUGGCAUCUCAGCCGGUGGUUCUUAUGCCCACUGUAUACCAGCAGGGGGUCGGCUAUGUGCCCAUAGCAGGUGUCCCAGGCGUCUACAAUCAGGGUGUGGUGCCGAUGGGAAUGCCAGCAGUACCUGCUGCGGCCCCUCACAGUGCCCCCUGCAGCGAGGAGGACCUGAAGGCCCUUCAGGACAUGUUUCCCAACCUUGAUCAGGAGGUGAUCCGCACGGUGUUGGAGGCCCAGCAGGGCAACAAGGACGCUGCCAUUAACUCCCUGCUGCAGAUGGCUGAGGAGAUGUAACCCCACCAUCCACACCUCCCUCGCCUUGUAAAUACUCGCACUCAGGCCCACCAGCCCAACAUCUGCAGACGUUUCCCACCAGUAGCGAAAUGUUUGCUUUUAUAUUGUUUGCAGAGAUCGAGGUCUUCAUGGCACAACAAACAGUGGACGGGAUGUUUGACCGGAUGCGUUGUGUUGCCAUUUGUGAGCGAAUGUGUAUUCUGGCCCCGUUCUGUUUCGGAGCACGGCUUUAGCCAUGUUUCCACUGAGAUUUCUCCAUUCAGUCUGAUCUGUAUAUGCGUGUUUGUGUCUCCGUUUGUGUUAUAUGCUCUUAUCUGUAUAAAAAUAGCUUGAUUAUAUAUAUAGCCUAUAUAUAUAUUUAAUGGAUUGUAAAUUAUUUUGAGAACAAUUACUGAGAUGUUAAAGUAAGUCCGAUUUUAGAGAGGGUCUAAUGUUGCGGGUUACAGGGGAAAUUUGCACAUUUUAAAUAAUUUUAAUGGUUAAAUGUUGAAGCUUCUUUCAGCGUAACUAAAUGGCCAUUAUGAUUCUGUAUUGCUCGUUUCUCCGCUGUAUUGCUUGACCCACUUCAGUCUUAAUGAAUAUCUGUAAUUAAACUUAAGACACGUGUGAUAUGCUGAUUUCACAUUUGUGAACAAGCGCCGAGCACGACUCCCCAAAACGGCCACAUUCCUGGUUUUUUUUGGUUUUUGUUUGUUUUUUUGUAGAAUUUUUGACCUCGGUUUAGUGUAACUGUAUGACAUGAGGUCAUAGUGCCUUGUUGGGAAUCCUAUAUGAUGUUCACCAUUCAUUCCAAACUUCCCAGCUUGGGUACACAAAGUACCCAACUUUGAUGGUCCAGCUGAGAGAACGUGAGAGCUGGACCGUACACUCCUAAGGUGCUUCAGUGAAGACAGUGGGUAUAUAUUGAAACACAAACCUUUUGCAUGCAUUAAAGACUGCAUGGUGAAUUGGGUCUUCAGACUGAUGGAGAAUGUGUUGUAUGUGGUUCUGCAUAGCACCAAAAAGGGUUCUACUACUGUUGGUGUGAAGCUUGUAACAGAAGAACCCUUUUUGGUGCUAUGUAGAACCAUUUCAAAAAAGGUUCUGUAUAGAAACAAACAUCGUCCAUCAAUCUGAAGAACCAGUUCGCCAUGAAAAGAACCUCUUAAGCAAGCAUGUUGUUUGUAUUCAUGGUUAUUUAUAGAACCACUGUCUUUACUAAAGAACCCCUGAAAAACCACAUUUUUUUGAGUGUAGUGCUGCACAAUAUGGACAAAUGGCAUAAUGCAUUUAUACUGCAGCAUAUUUAUUUAUUUGCAGUAUAUUAAAAAGGUUACAUAUAGACUAAAUGAUGUACCUGGAUUCAUAAAAAUCACUGUGGAACAUCUGACUUUGAUGCUCUGCACACAAAUGUGUGUGAAUGAAUUAAGAGCUUAUUUGCAUAUUGCAGUCUUGGCAACGUUUAGCCAUAUUUGUAUAGCAGAAGCCAGCAUUGUGUUGCUGGUAGAGACAGAAAGACGUUCCGAGUUGUUUUGUUUCAGGCCAUACGGUUCUACCACUUCUCCGCUUGUGUUUGCAAAUGUGAAAUUGGUCCGUUGCGGAAUGCCAAAGGUUUUAUUGAAAUAACUGAUUUGUGUUGCACAUUGCUUUUACUUUAAAUAACAACAUUGGGGAGUUCCACA